CAUCCCUGCCAUUGUCCGAGUGAAGGAUGCCGAGGAAGAAGAAACCCACGGAGGGCCUUGACUCUCGAGGUCAGGAUGGGGAGGAAGAGGAGGAAGAGAAGAGGGGCACAAUCAAUGCCAAGAAGAAGCGCAGUUUUGUGGACGCGUUUAUUGUUAUAUCUGACAGCGAUGGAGAGCAGGAGUCAAAGGAAGAGAGUGGAUUGCAAAAGAAAAGAACAAAACAGCAGCUGGAUAGAACGAAGUUUGCUGCUAAAAGAAAAAUUGCACAGAUGACGGAAGAGGAACAGUUUGCUCUGGCCCUGAAAAUGAGUGAGCAAGAAGCCAGACAAGUGAACUGUCAGGAAGAGGAAGAGGAGGAGCUCUUGAGGAAGGCCAUUGCUGAGAGCCUUAACAGCUGUCAGCCCUCAGAUUCCUCUGAUGCAACCCCUGAGUUGCCUGCAGAAGCAGUGGGCAGACCAGGUCAAAACCACCCCGCUGAGCAAGAAGGCUCUGAGAUCCUGGGAGGUCUGCCGCUUUGCCCUGACACCCCUCGCUCCGAGUGCAGCUCCCACUCACAGAGUGCAAGAGCUGAUGGGAACGGACAGAUGGAUGUCGCCCGGAGUCCCCUUGUAGUGUUGAGGAGGUUAAGCCAGGAAAUCGUUGAAAGCUCACUAGUAUCCAGCAUAAUCGUGUCUCGGGGGAAGGACCAGCCUUUAACAAGGUCAAGUGAAAAGCCUUCCUCACCAGCAAAAAGUGAUUCUAGUAGCAUGUUACCCAGCACUCUUGGAGAGGACCUCAUCUCUUUGAGUCCCACCUUUGGCAGGGUUACUUCAGGCUCCUGGCGGCUGACACCUCGGAGACUGUUCACAAGCCCCUGCAGCCCUUCAAAAGCAGCAGGCCACGAAGCAAAAGAGCAACCCCUGCCUGGCACUGGCCCUUUGGUGGGAGAAGCUGGUGCUGGGAGCUCAGCCGUGCUCUGGAAGACCUGGACCAUGGAACAGUGUGACAGUCCCGGGAGGAGCUGUGGAGAGGCAAGCACCAAACACACCUGGCAGCCCAGGCCUGGCACCGGAGUCUGUGUUUCCACAGAGCAAGCAGAACAGAACGAGGGGCCCGACAGUGCCCCUGAGCUUUGCGUGCUCAGCGUGCCAGAGGAGAGCAGAAGCAAGGAGGAAGCGAGAGACACAGUGCACUAUUACUGGGGCAUUCCGUUCUGCCCCAAAGGGGUGGACCCCAACCAGUACACCAAAGUCAUCUUGUGUCAGCUGGAGGUGUACCAGAAGAGCCUGAAGCAGGCUCAGAGGCAGCUAUUGCAUAAGAAGGAGUUUGGUAACCCAGUUGUGCCCAGUUGUUCUUCCCUGAGCCAAAAUGAGCUUGGGAAAGGAGAUCAGAUAAGUAGGGAGAACGGGGUUACUGAUGAUACGGAAGAUGGAGACUCAGAAGUGCAGAAGGAGUCUGAGAGCAUCACCUGGCUCCUUCCUUCAAAGAAGAGGGAGGCAGGGGAGAGUCCAGGGCAGAACGUGGAAGAGGAGAAGAGCUCUGCCUCUGACGAUGAACCAACCACCAGCUACUGCCAGGUCUCCCAGGUGCUGGCUGCAGAGGCUGUGCCUGAAGAUGGGGAACCAAUGCAAAUUACACAGAGCAUCUCUGUAUUGACCCCGCUUGGCAGUAAAAGGAGUCCAGAUAUUGCCACAGAAAACUCUGCUGAAGAAGAGGUCACUGUUUGCCCAGAGACCCAACCGAGUCCAUCAGAAGAUAUUGAGCCAGAGAGAGAAGAACUCUGCUCGGACAGCAAAGAUGCACCUAUGCAGGCUGGUGGAGAUGAAAAUGCUGGCAGGACUGUGUCUGAGUGCAGCCCUGCAGCUGCUGACCGUGUGUCGUGCCCACUGUGUGACCAAGGCUUUCCAGCCACGGAGAUCGAGCUGCACGCCAUGUACUGCAACGGCAUCAUGGGAGAGGAGGCUGGCGAGGACACUCCAGUUCUUACCCGACGUCAGAGAGAGGCAAGAAAUAAAGCUGUCAGCGGUGAAAGUGGCCCAAUGUCCUUAGACAUUGACAAGUGUGAGAAGUGCUACCUCUGUAAGUCACUGGUGCCACUGCUGCAGUAUCAGAGGCAUGUGGACAGCUGCCUUCAGGCUGCUAGGCAAGCUCAGGGAACCAGGAGGCUGCGAAGUGCCAAGGACUUUGGAAGGCAUGAGGGGCGACUCCUCAGCAUGCUGGAGUUCUCGGAGAGCAAAUCUGCAGGUGCUGAUGCAGGGACCGCCCUCUCUGGACUAGGAGACCGACAGUCGCCUCCUGCUUUCUCCUCCCGAGCUGAGGAUGAGGCUGAGGAUAGCCCGCGCUCCCCUUUGCACGUUCCUUUCAGCAUUUCCCCUGCAAAAUCGCGCGUCUCCGUUUCAGAAGCCACAGACUGCUUGGUGGACUUGGAGCCACACCUGGCUCUUCGCUUGGGCAGUCGGCAACAGACCAAAGCCUGCCGGCGGAGAAAGAGGAAAUUCUGAGAUGAGCAGUGCAGAGGGCCUCCCAGGGCGACUUCGUGAGUCGUGAGCCGCAGGAGUGCUCGGCCAGUGAGGACCUGCGCAGUGCCGUACCCAUGCUUCACCUGCAGCCUUGUUCUCCCACCCCCCUUUUAUAUGUUUUAUAUGAUCUGUGCAGGGAGUGCUGGGUGGAGAAGUGACUGUGUUUUAUAGGUGCCUGUGCAGCUUUGCUUUCCUGUUAAAGAAAUGGAAAUAUAUUUAUGUAUGUUUUUAUGAAACUGCAGCAACA